CGCAGGACUAUUAAAACAGGAGCUGGGUGGUGAGCAGACAACACAAUCAUCCGUGAUCUCAACGAGUCCACUUCGCCCAAAAACCGUCGCUCGUCUCGUCUCCCGUGUCGUCGUGUCGCAAGCAAAGAAACUCAAACCAAAAUCGAAACUGUUCUUAGUGACAAGCAAUUGAUUGAAAUUGCAGUGCAGUGUCAAACAACCAAAAAAAGAAAAGAAAGCAAAAAGAAAUUCAUUUCUUCAUCCAUAAAUUGUGCCUAUUAAAUCGCCAAAAUUACGCCCCACAUCGGUAUGCAGUCGUCGGAGGGUUCGCCAGAUAUGAUGGAUCAAAAGUACAACAGCGUGCGCUUGUCGCCAGCACAAUCCAGUCGCAUACUUUACCAUGUGCCUUGCAAGGUUUGCCGGGAUCACAGCUCCGGCAAACAUUACGGCAUAUAUGCCUGCGAUGGCUGUGCCGGCUUCUUCAAGCGCAGCAUACGCCGCUCUCGCCAAUAUGUGUGCAAAUCACAGAAACAAGGACUCUGCGUCGUGGAUAAAACACAUCGCAAUCAAUGCCGCGCUUGCCGUUUGCGCAAAUGCUUUGAGGUUGGCAUGAACAAGGAUGCAGUUCAACAUGAGCGUGGACCACGCAACUCGACGCUGCGUCGCCACAUGGCCAUGUAUAAGGAUGCCAUGCUCGGUGCCGCCGAAAUGCCACAAAUCCCACCAGAGAUACUGAUGAACACGGCAGCACUCACAGGCUUCCCCGGCAUGCCCAUGCCCAUGCCCAAUGUGCAGCGCAGUCAUCAUCAUCCCGCCCUCGGUGCUGGCUUCCAGCCACCGCCGCCUGCCGCUGUGCUCGAUCUCUCAGUGCCCCGUGUGCCUCAUCAUCCCGUGCAUCAGGGUCAUCAUGGUUUCUUCUCGCCCACCGCUGCCUACAUGAAUGCCUUGGCCACCCGAGCACUGCCUCCAACACCGCCUCUAAUGGCUGCCGAGCACAUCAAGGAAACCGCUGCGGAGCAUCUGUUCAAGAACGUCAACUGGAUCAAGAGUGUGCGCGCCUUCACCGAGUUGCCCAUGCCCGAUCAAUUGCUGUUGCUCGAGGAGUCGUGGAAGGAGUUCUUCAUCCUCGCCAUGGCUCAGUAUCUGAUGCCCAUGAACUUUGCCCAGCUGCUGUUCGUUUACGAGUCGGAGAAUGCCAAUCGAGAGAUUGUGGCCGUCGUCUCUCGGGAAGUGCACGCUUUCCAGGAUGUGCUAAAUCAGUUGUGCCAUCUGAAUAUCGAUAGCACCGAAUACGAGUGUCUGCGUGCCAUUUCGCUUUUCCGCAAAUCGCCGCCGGCUGCCAGCUCUACUGAGGAUCUGGCCAACAGUUCCAUACUCACCGGCAGCGGUAGUCCCAACUCGAGUGCCUCGGCUGAAUCUCGUGGCCUGCUCGAGUCCGGCAAAGUGGCUGCAAUGCACAACGAUGCUCGCAAUGCGUUGCACAAUUACAUUUCACGCACUCAUCCGAAUCAACCUUUGCGCUUCCAGACGCUGCUCGGCGUCGUCUCGCUGAUGCACAAAGUGUCCAGCUUCACCAUCGAGGAGCUGUUCUUCCGCAAGACCAUUGGUGACAUCACAAUUGUGCGUCUGAUCUCUGAUAUGUACAGUCAGCGCAAGAUCUAAAGAAUUGGAGUUGAAGGUCGCAAAGUCUGAAAUGGAAAUCGAAUUUUGCCGUCGGCAAAUAUUCGCAUCCUCAUCGCACUUGAAGUGCCUUCGUAGUGCUGGAAACUGUGAUAUCUAGUGUCGAAGUCGGAAAUGAAUCUCCAGAACAUUGGACAAUAUUCAACAGUGAACUGCUGCAGAAAGCUUACUACUUAAAUACCCACUAUACCAUAUAAAAAAUCUCUCGGAGUUGAGCCUUAAAAAAAUGUGUAUUCAAUCUAUCCACAAACGUGAUUCAAAUUGCAUUCCGAAAAGUUGAAACUUUUUGUUGUAUACUCAUAUAUAGAAUUAAUCUUAAUUAGUUGUAAGCUCAUAUCAUA